GUUUUUUUUACCAGUUUGUUGCAGGCUAUUAAUGAUAAUAAUCCUCACCAUGCAUAUUGAUUGUCCUUAAUCUGGUUAGUUUAUGUGGUGAGUGACCAGUGUAAAUGCUGCAUUUAAUUAAUCUGAAAUUUAGUGUAAUAUUCAUGAAUUUCCCAGCUAACAUACAGUACCAGUCAAAAGUUUGGACACACCUUCUCAUUCAACCAAGUAUAAAACAUAUUCUGGUUUGUUGAGCAUUUGUUUGUUUACCACAUAAUUCCAUAUGUGUUCCUUCAUAGUUUAGAUGUCUUCAAUAUUAAUCUACAAUGUAGAAAAAAAGAAAGAAAGAAAAACCAUUGAAUGAGAAGGUGUCCACACUUCUGACUGGUCCUGUAUGUGACUGUCAGUGUUUCCUUUAACUGUGUAGUUCCGCCUGUCCGUCCGAUCAGCUGAUCUCCACCGUAAAGACCCAAACAGACACCGCUAGCUUAACGUAGCCGCAGGUCCAAGUUAUGAAAGGACACGACGAUUUAAUACUCUAUUUUAAGAUCCGGGCUUUCAUAAGGAAUUGAGAGCGUCUGGUCACCAACCAGAUUGAAAGCUUUAACUGGAGAAUAACUAUGUCUUAUCUCUGAGAAUGGGAGGAAGUGGAUCCAAAGCCAAAGGUGUCUGGCCUUUCUCAGGCAGUGGAGCAGGAGGGGAUUCAGCCAGUGAUGGGAACGAGCAGUCUGUUGCCCGACUCAAAGGUUCCAGAAAUGCCACACCGUUUGUUUUUACCAGGAGGAGUUCUUUGUACUAUGACGAGGACGGCGACCUUGCUCAUGAGUUCUACGAAGAGACGGUGGUGACAAAAAACGGCAGAAAAAAGUCCAAGUUGAAGAGGAUUCAUAAAAAUCUGAUUCCACAGGGAACUGUGAAGCUUGACCACCCCUGUAUACAUGUAGAUUUCCCCGUCGUCCUCUGUGAGGUGUGAAAAGUUGCACUGGACUGAUCUACUAUGAAGUGCAGCCACAGGUACUCUUCCUGGAGCAAAGUUUUGUCUCAGUGUCAGAGCAUCAAAGUCAAGACUGGAACCGUCAUGUGGAGAGCAAAAGGAAAAUCCAACUGUCGUAUAAAACUGAUACAAUGAAUGAAAUGUUAUACAUUUGAAUUCAACUUCGGUGAGUGGGUGCCCUGCCCACCAAAAAACAUAUUUUGAUAUUGACAGAAGUAGUAUUGGUGCAGGAUGUGUGUCCACUACCCAGCUGACAUGUAAGCAGUCUUUGAGAAUACAUCAAAAAUGAAUUUGUAUUUCUCUUGUGUGUUUUUUUGCAGGGAAAAACAUCCUUGAUGUGAAAAAAGGCUUUAACAGUUUAUGCCUUCUGUGAGACGUAGAGUGAAACUGUAUGUGUCUUUGUAUGUGUACAUGUGUGCACUUAGGUUUGAGUGAGUGUGAGUGAUAGAGGGAAGGAAGAUGUAAUUACAGGGUAGAAUAAUGAAGGAUUGGGAAAAUAUAUUGUAUAUAUGGUCAUGUUCUGUAUUGUCAUGUCUGAGUCUGUCUCAGUAACCGGAGCUCAGCCCUGCACUAGUGAACAUAUUGUACUGUAAAUAAUAUCAGAUUUCUUAGUUGGAAAUACUUGAAUAAAUGGUUUACUGA